GGCAUAGUAGUUGCCGAGACAAAGCGACAAAUGUAUGAAAAGUUGGAAAUGAAGGAGGACGAGAUAGCCCAACUGCAUGCUCAGAUCAAACAAAUAACUACAAAAAGCGAGGAAUUAAAAGGACAGAAAGAAAAAUCUGAAAGAGACGCAUUUAAAGAGCUUGAGAGGGCUCUGAGUAUUGCUGAAAAGACAGAGGAAGCCAGGAAAAAAUUGGAGGCAGAAAUGGAUGAAAAAAUCAAAGCAGUAGAAAAGGCAAGUGAGGAAGAGAGGAUAAAUCUUCAACAGAAGUUAACCAGAGUGAAACAAGACGUGGUUAAGAUUAUGAAGAAGUCUUCAGAGGACCGUGUUGCUGAACUAGAAAAAAUCCAUAAAAAAGAAAUGGCUACCAAAGAUCAGGAGCUAAAUGAGAGAUUACAGGCCCAAGAAAAGGCGUUCCAGGGGAAGUUGAAGGCAGCUCUUGAAAAAAAUCGGAGUGAGUGUUUAAAAACCCUUCAAGAAAAACAGGAGCAAGAAUCCCUAGCCUUAGAAGAAUUAGAGCUGCAGAAGAAAGCGAUACAGUCAGCGUGUGACAAGAAAAUUGAGAAGAUGCGUCAAAAAGUAGAGACUUUUAGAACUAGGAUUCUUGAACUGGAAAGCUCUCUUGCAAAGUAUUCACAAGAUGACAGAAAGCAAUCAGAGGAAUUAAGUACUCUGAUGGAGUCUGAAAAAAAGCAGCACAGUAAGGAAAUCAAUGAUAUAGUUGAGAAACACAAGAAAGAAUUGGAGAACGUGAAACAGCAGCAGGAGAAGCUUUGGACAGAAAAACUUCAAAUCUUAAAACAACAACAAGUAACUGAAAUAGAAAAAAUGAGAGAGAAACAAGAACAAGAGAUAGAUACAAUUUUGAAAGAGAAAGAAACAGUUUUCUGUGCACACAUAGAAGAGAUGAAUGAAAAAACAUUAGAAAAACUUGAUGUGAAACAAACAGAAUUAGAAGCACUGUCUUCUGAGCUAGCAGAAGCACUAAAAAUACGUCAUGAUUUAGAACAAGAGCUCUCGGAAUUGAAUAGUAAAGCGUGUGAAACAAAGCAAGAAUUGGAAGGAAAAUUAGAAGAAGAGAGGAAACGGCACAAUGAAGAGAUUGAAAUGAUGUUAAAAGAGCACAAAAUGUCUAUUCAGGGUGUUGAGAAGGUACUCAAAGAGGAACUCAACGAACUCAAGCAAUCAUUGAAGGAGAAAGACAUACAUCUGGAGGAACUAAAAGCACAUGAAGAGGAACUAAAGGAAUAUGCAGAAAGAGCUGAAGCUGAACUUGUCGAAGUGACUGCCAAGCUAGAGGAGCUUUCAGAGUUUAAUCAAAGUGCUUCUAAUGAGCAGGCAAAGAUAUAUGAAGAGGAAUUAGCAAAGCUGCAGCAAAAGCUGUCAGAUUUUGAAGGUGAAAAAUCACGACUUGGUGAGUGGCUAGAAAGAAAUGAAUCCCAGCUGAAUGAAGUCAAGAAUGAGUUAGAGACAUGCAUCUCUCAGGUACAUGACCUGAAGCAGCAUUUGCAAGAGCAAAGCAAUGAAAAUACACAAAAAGUAACCUCUCUGACUCAACAAUAUGAAUGUCAACUGAAGGAUCUACAAAGAGAGGCUGAUGAGACAAAGAGAAGUCUAACUGAGAAGGAAAAUGAAAUUAAACACAUGAAGAAGGUCCAGAACAAGAAAGUGAAAGAGCUAAAACAGAACCUGUUAGCUGCAGAGGAGAGAAUUAGUGCUUUACAAGGAGAAUAUGAAAAUAAACUGAAACAUCAGGAGAACAAAAUGGAAAUGAGUAAACAGAAAUCAAAAGUUAUGCAGGAAACUUUCAGAAAGAAACUUGCCGAGCAGGAAGCUAAACUGAAAAAAGAGCUUGAAAACAAGCAGUUGGAGUUCAGCCAGAAAGAGAGUGAGUUCAAUGCUAAAAUGUUGGAAAUAGCACAUGCCAACUCAGCUAGAAUCAAUGAUGCCAUGUCAAAACUGGAAUCUAAUCAGAAAGAGCAGCUAGAAAGUCUUGCUGAGGCUCAUAGGAGGGAGUUGGAAGAAAUCACCCAGAGUUGGGAACAGAAGCUCGCUCAGCAGGUUGAAGAGCUCCAGAAAAAACAUGAAAUGGAGCUGCAAGAGAAAGAGGAGGAAGUUGGAGACCUGAAACAGAAACUUGCCACCUUCAGUGCUGAGAAGGAGGGCUCCAGAACAGAAAUAACCCAAUUGAGGGAAGAACAGGUGAAAAGGGAGGAGGCCCUGAAGGAACUGCAAGAACAACUAAGGCAGUCAGUGGCUAAGGUGAAUGCUUUGUCAGAUAAGGAAAGCGACCUGAAAACACAGUUGAAAAAGUUGGAAAGUGAUCUUAACCAGUCCCUGAAAGAGCAGUCAGGACUUCAGGAACAGCUCAGUAAACAGAAAGCAGUGGAAGAGCAGGACAAAGCUAAAAUUACCAAGCUGGCUGACACACUGAGAAUGCUUGAAGAGAAACUCCAGACUCUGCAGUCUUCUCAGGAGAACGAUCAUGAAAGUUAUGAGAAAAAAACAGAGGCAAUUCAGCUAAAAGAAACUGAGUUUAAAAGGUGGUCAGGAGAACUUGCAGCCCAGUUAGACGCUUAUUGGAAGAACGCUGAAGCUUUAUUGCACACAAAAAGCAAUGAAUUAAUUGAAAAAUGCAGUGAAAAAAUUGGCAUAGUAACAUGCAAAAUUGCAGAUUGCGAGCGCCGAACUGUGAAAAUUAAAGAAGCGGUAUUAGUUAAAACGAGUAAGAUACCAGAAUUAGAAGCUCAACUUAGAGAAGUGACAGAGCAUCAUUGUGCUGCAAGUACUUCUUUGCAAAAGUCAAUGCAACAGCUGCAAGAGAAGGACAAUGUAAUUAUGUCCAUGAGAGCUGACAUUGAAGUACUUGUAACAGAAAAGGAACAAUUGCGAAAAGAGGAAGGGCAUCGGCAGGAAGCAGCAUCAGAGAAAGAAACUUGCAUAACACAGCUGAGGAAAGAGUUAUCUGAAAAUAUCAAUGCUGUCACCUCAAUGAGGGAGGAACUGCAGGAAAAAGAAUCUGAGAUCUCUGCUCUUAAAAAAAGAAUUAAUGACCUUAAUGUUAGACUUGAAAGCACGGUAAGUUUAACAGAGAAGGAAGCAGCCAUGUCUCUGUUAAGCAAGCAACAUCAAGAGGACCGGUUGCAAUUGUUAAACCAGGUACAGGAGUUAUCAUCCAGAGUUGAGAUGCUGAAUCAAGAAAAAGCAUCAGCUCGUGAACAGGUAGAUCAUUGCACGGCCAAGCUGUCAGAGUGGAAGAUGAAAGCACAAGCCAGGUUUACACAAAAUCAUGAUACUAUUGAAGAGUUGCAGAGCAAAUUUGAACUAAGCAAUACUGAAGCCAAUAAAAAAGAUGAAGAGCUAAAUAAACUGAAGGAGCAGCUGGCGAAACAAAGCAAGGAACUCGAUAGUUUAAAAAGUGAAUUGGAGAAAAAGCAAAACGGGAGGGAAAAGCAAGAAAGUGAGUUAACUGCAAAGUUAAAAAGCCAAUCAGCAAGAAUUGCUGAACUAGAAGAACACAUUGCUCAGAAAACUUCGGAAAAUGAUUCCCUGAUGGCAGAACUUAAAAAGUCCUUAGAAGAAAAAAUUAAGUCAACAAGAGAUUGCACAGAGUUGGAGAAUGAAAUGCUGCAAAAAGUAGAGAGUGUAAAAGCUGCUGCAGAACAAGAAAAAAGUAACAUGCUUCAGAGUGUCCAACAGACAUAUGAAGAGAAAAUACACAUGUUACAGAAGGGCUUAACUGAAAAAGAUGAAAUGUUGCAGAAGUAUGAAAAGGAACGACAAGAGAGUAAUGAUUAUUGUCUAGAACUGCAAAACAAACAGGGAGAACUCCUUAAAAAACUAGAAUGCGUUGAGAAGAGCCAUCAGGAGGAGCAGAGUCGGACUGAAAGUCUCGGGAAAGAACUGGAGGAGCAAACCAAAAAAUACUCAUUGUUAGCAGAUGAGCAUGCUUGUUGUGGUAGUGUUUUAGCAAGCAGUAGGGAAGAAUUAAAAGCUAAAGAACAAAAAAGUCUUGAUAUGGAGAAUGUAAUUGGAGAUUUCCAGAAAAAAUUGCAGGAAAAGGAGGCAGUCAGUCAAUCUUUAGAACAGAAGAUAAGAGAGUUCGAAAAUAAUCUAGUGAAGCAAAAUGAAGUGCAUAAGACUGAGAUGGAAAGUAUGAGUUUGAGAUAUGAAGAAAAGCUACAAAGUUUACAGCAACAGUUAGAUGAAAGAAAUGACAGUCUGAAAGCUUUUGAGGAAAAUGCUGAAGAAAAGGCUAAAUCUAGUUUGGAGCUGCAGAAGUUACUAAGUGAUAUGCAGGACCAGCAGAAGGACUUGCAGACUAAACUGAAAGAGACUGAAAGGGAGAAACAGAAACUACGCAAAGAACUGAAUAAUUUUCAAAAAGACAUACGUACUCUGCGAAAAGAACAUCAGCAAGAGCUUGACAUAGUAAAGAAGGAGUCCUUAGAAGAAAUGGAGCAGAAAAUCAGAUGUGAACGAGAAGACAUUGAGUUGAAGCACAACUCCACCUUAAAGCAGUUAAUGAGAGAGUUCAAUACUCAGCUGGCUGAAAAAGAAAGAGAAUUGGAAACAGCCGUAAAAGAGACGAUCAGUAAAGCCCAGGAGGUGGAAACUGAAUUGAUAGAAAAUCAUCACAUAGAAACAACACAGCUGCAUAAAAAAAUUGCUGAAAAGGAUGAUGAUCUAAAAAGAACUGUGAAAAAAUAUGAAGAAAUCCUUGAGGCUCGUGAAGAAGAGAUGACAGCAAAAGUUCAUGAGUUGCAGGCGCAGCUAGAAGACUUGCAAAAGGAAUACAAACAAAGGAUUGCAGAAGAGGAACGUUGGAACAAUGAAAAAGUCACAAUAACAGAACUUCAGGCACAGCUGGCACAGAAGACAACACUAGUCAAUGAUUCCAAACUGAAAGAGCAGGAAUUCAAAGAGCAGAUUCAUGUACUGGAAGACCAGCUGAAAAAUUAUGAGAAGAAUUUGUACGUCACAUCAGUUGGAACACGAUACAGAGAUGGAAACCUUCACCAUACUGACGUUUCCCUCUUUGGGGAGCCUACUGAGUUUGAAUACUUGAGGAAAGCGUUUUUUGAAUAUACGAUGGGUCGUGAGACAAAGACAAUGGCCAAGGUUAUAACAACAGUGCUGAAGUUCCCAGCAGAUCAGGCUCAGAAGAUACUAGAACGAGAAGAUGCUCGGCCAUUGUUUGCGUCACCUCGCAGAGGUAUCUUCUGA